GCAGAAUAACAGAGAACGGUGAAGAACUGAAUGUAUUCUGCAAGCUUUUCAGUGUUUGAUAAACGAUCACAUAAUAGUAUCUCGUCAGGCAGCUCUGUUGCAUGUUAAAGCGCAUAUACGUUUAUGUUUGUGAUUUAGCCUUUUGAGGAAGUGUAACUGUGCGUCCCGGUGUCAUCUGUGGUUUAGAGAUGUUGUAUUUCAUCGGUCUUGGUCUGGGCGACUGUAAGGACAUCACUGUUAAAGGUUUAGAGAUCGUCCGGCAGUGUAGUCGUGUUUAUUUGGAGGCUUACACGUCCAUACUGACCGUCGGGAAGGACGCUUUGGAGGAGUAUUAUGGGCGCGAGUUGCUGCUGGCCGACAGAGAUAUGGUGGAACAACAGGCUGAUGAGAUCCUGAAGGGAGCAGAUGUCAGUGAUGUGGCCUUUCUAGUGGUUGGUGAUCCUUUUGGAGCUACGACCCACAGUGACCUGAUUCUGCGAGCGUUGAAUGCUGGGAUUCAGUAUCGCGUUAUUCACAAUGCCUCCAUCAUGAACGCGGUGGGCUGCUGUGGAUUGCAGCUGUACAACUUCGGGGAGACGGUGUCCAUUGUGUUUUGGACGGACACAUGGAGACCAGAAAGCUUCUACGAUAAGAUCAAAAAGAACAGGGAUAUGGGCCUGCACACGCUGUGCCUGCUGGAUAUCAAAGUCAAAGAGCAGUCCAUGGAGAAUUUAAUGAGGGGUCGAAAGAUUUACGAGCCUCCCAGGUACAUGACUGUCGCUCAGGCAGCUGAGCAACUCCUGGAGAUACUACAGAACCGACGGGAUCGGGGCGAGGAACUGGCAAUGACUCAAGACACAGUGUGUGUUGGUCUGGCUCGAGUCGGUGCCGAGAACCAGACCAUCCGUUCUGGGACACUGCAAGAGUUGGCAUCCAGUGACCUGGGAGGACCACUUCACUCAAUGAUCAUCAGUGGAGACCUUCACCCUCUGGAGGUGGACAUGUUGAAACUCUUCAGUGGUCCUGAGGGAUUGAAGACCUUGAAGAUGACCGAUAGUUCCACAUACGUUUCUUGAUAUCCAAGAUGCUCGUGCUCCUCAUUAAAAAAAGUUCCCUUUCCAGUGCUCCUGGGAUUUUUAAAAAAAAGGAAACGUGGACAAGCCGGUCCAUGUGAGAGCCUAGAGCUGCCGGAGGGUCAGGAGAGCACGCAAAUGACAUAAUUGUUAUUCCAGAUCAAAUUUGACCACUUUAACCUUUAAGCACUGGUCAGGCAAGGGUUGUAUUUCAUUACAAAAUUUAGAUUGGGAGUGGGAUGAUUAUUUUGACGUGUGGCAGUCAUGUUCUUGCUGUCAAAAAAGUAAAUGAUGGAAUUAUAAUAGAGGAAAUGGAAAAGGUUAUUGUGGACCAACUGCAUCUGGGUUGCAUUAGUGCCUCUGAAAUUGAGCUUUCUUUGAAAUUGGCAUAAUGUUUCCGUACCAAGAGCCUUUCUUAAUGGAACUUUCUCAGUAAGAAUGUAAAUAAGAUAAAAGCAAAUACUGAGAUUCCUUUGAGCAUGUCAUAAUGGAUGAAGAUUGAUUUUCGUACAAUAAAGACACUCAUUUCGUCGCCACUGACCACAUCAACGCCCUACAUGUGGUUUGACCGUUUUCAUCUACAUCUGUGGUUUUGUUUGUAGUCUCUCAUUUUAUUUCUGUCAGCAUGAAUUGCAUAGAAAGUGAACAAAGCUAUUGUCAGAAAGUAGUUUGCCUCUGUCAGCUUUAUUUAUACAAAGACAAAUUUAAGUUCACGUGUUGCAUUUAAAGAUGAUUGGGUUUAUAAAUCUACAUCUGGUUUAUACUGCCGUCGAAGUACAAAGUACCAAGAUUCACCAACUUUCAUUAAACAUUUACUGGUUCGAGUGAAGGAUAUGUAUCUUUUGCCACACCUUUGACAAAAAAAACGUACUUAAGUUUUUGUUUAUAUGUAAUAGACUACUAUGUAAUAGAAUACUAUACAUUUCCUAACAUCCGAAUAUUCUUAAAGGGGUCAUGACAUGAGAAACCAAAUUUACCUUAAUCUUUUGACAUAGAAGAGGUCUUUGUAUGCUUAAUACAUCCUGCAAGUUUCAUAAUUUAAAAUGUCCUCAUCAUCAAUAAAAAAGCAUUUAUGUGAUAA